AAAAGUUAUCCUUUCCAUUCAAUCGUGAGCGCGUGUCACGAACCAAGUCCAACAUCACCUAUGGCUCAUUUCUCGUCGAUCGAGGCAAUUUUGGAUUAAUUUGGUGGGUUUUGUGGAACAAACAAUAAGCCGAAAUGACAAUAGUGGAACAUUUAAAAUCAGAUUCAGACGUAUUUAAACUAAUCGCCACAUCACUUGGUUGUGUUUUUUUGUGUGUAAUUGUUUUAUGGCUGUUGGCUUUGAGAUACAACGGAUGGCGAAAGACGGCAGCUCAAGGGAAGCGGAAACAACUUCAGCGUCCAUUUGUCACUAAGAGAAUUUCACUUACUCCUAAAGAUGAUUCGCCCACAAUUAUAUUUGGUCCCUUUAAUCACUGGUCCCAAGUUCAAUCAUCUUCUUCACUCAAGAAAAGCAUACUGAUGAUUCCUUCAAGCCCUACAAAUUUUGAUAACACUUUUCAAAAACGUUCUUCCCCUAAAAACUACCAAAAGAAGCCAGAAAAACAUGUCAGUCCUAGAUUUCUUGGUCAGAUCAUCUCAUGUAUCAAUAAAUCAAACCCUACAAGUCCAAAUACUAGUUUGAAUUCACCGAAGAGAAAUUCUGCAGCUCAAGGCCUCAGACCUAUUGAUGAUUAUAAAAACCCUUUUAUUUUGGACCAAAGUACCACAGAUGAGCAAGAUUCAACUUUACCUAGCUUGCUGCUGUCUUCUGAUAGUAGCACAGAUUGUAUCAUGGAAAAGAGUAAACCUGACAUGGUUGAAUUACAGCCUGCCACUUCAACAAUGAAAGUGGAUAAAGCAAUUAAUACAGAUAUUACUGCACAAGAUAACAACAUGAUUUAUAAUAAUAAAUCAAUAACAAGCAAAGACAAAGAAACCCAGGCUUGGAGAGAACACAAGAAAAGCCAAUAUAUGUCACAAAAUCUAAGAAAAGAUGAAUUUUCAUUGAGGUUGUGGUCUCACAAAUGUAAUUUUCCAUGUCAAAGCUACGCUAAACACACAACAUCUUAUGGGUUUCCAUGGAGCUAUGACAGCAGUAGUAGCAGUACUGGUGAUCCUCAAACAGACCUUGAUGCAGAGCAACAUGAGCAGGAUUACCAACAACGUGCUAGUAAAUCCUGCUCAGUAGGGAAAGGCAAUAUAGGGAGAUAUUCUGAAAAUCGAUCCCAUACAAAAAAAUGUGCAGCUGAUGUUUGUGUACAAACAAAGUUUACUGGAGAGAUUCAAAAUAUAUACAGCCUCAAGCGGCAUGAUAUCUCCCCUCUGUGCAGCUCAGACAGUACUUUAAAAGAAAUUGAGUCUUCAGCAAAAUGUUGCUGCAGGUCUGAUCAUGUCAAUGCCAACCUAAGAAAGCCACAAAAUAACUUGAAAAAGUAUUCAGUAGUAACUAAUCUUGCAAAUGAAUAUGCAGAAGACAGUGAACUCCUGGAAAAUGGACCUUCAAUCUCUGAUAGGACAUCAUUUAUCCCAGCCAAAAGCUGGUACAGUCUUGGCUCACUUUGUGAUGAAGAUGAGGACUGCAAAACAUGUGGAACAAAUUUUAAUGAUCACAUGCAGUCAGAUGGUAGUGUUACAAAGCUUAAUUUGUCUGCACUCGAUGCUGUUAGCUACAAUGAUACUGGAUAUACCAGCACAGAAGAGGAAAGUAACUCCAAUAGUGAACAUUCCAAAGACACGUCCAGUUCAUGUGAACAYCACAGUAAUGCAGAGAAUGGAAGUUAUGAUGGUGAUUAUGAAAGUGAUGACGAAAUCUUCCACUGUAGGCUUGUAGCUAGUGAUGAUAUGGUAUACAAACCUCUUCCAUCUAUUAGUGAACCAUUUGCCAUCGAAGAAUAUGCAGCAAGAGAAUGGAAAAGUCAGACUCCAAAAGCAAAUGUCAUUAGAGAGGGGUAUGCUGCCAUUUCACAUCAUAUUAGCUGCCAGCAAUUGCGCCAGAUUCGUGGCGACAAUUAUUGUGCUAUCAGAGCUACUUUAUUCCAAGCUCUCGUCAAUGGGAUCUCUAUUUCGUACAAAUUCCUAACAGAUGACACAUGCCAGUUGUUAAGGAAGCUAGUUGCUUCUACACAAGGAGCUCUGCAAGAUUGGAGUUUCGCUGGGAGAUUAGAGGUUGAAAAGCAUAACGUCAUGUCAACCCUAGAAGAAAUCCUUCGUUUCUUUGUAGAAAAGAUCAGUAAAUGUGAAGAGUUCAAUACCAAGGAGGCCAAGACCGAUUACUUGCUUUCCUUAUUUAAUGAAGAAACAGGGAACAGUGACUUCAGGCUUCUUGAAGCUGUCAAAGUUGUCAUGUUGUACUACGCAGUACAGAUGUACGAAGACAUGAACAAAGGAAAGGGUGUUCCCAUCCAUGCGUGUCUUUUGUUUGCACGUGAUUCUUCUUCAGACCCACAGAGUUUGUUGCAAAACCAUCUCAAUCAUGUUGGGGAUAGUGGAGGACUAGAACAGGUCGAGAUGUGCCUCCUAGGAUACACAUUGGGCGUGGUUAUACAGGUCUUUCGCCCAUCACAAGUUAAUAAACAAGAUUUUAUUGCUUAUUACCCAUACCUGGAAGACGUCCCACCACUUACACCCACUGUGUCACUUGUUGCCGAGGAUGACCGACAUUACAACAUCCUAGUAGAUUAAAUUAUAAUACCAAAACUACACUUUUUAUCAUGUGCAGCAACUUUAACCUCGGCUUGGAACUAUUAUUAUUGGCCACUGAAUUGUAAAAUGGAGUAUUAGAACUAGUUUGAUUGUGAAACUCAGAGGAAACACAUGCCCCUAUCAUAAAAGAAUUUUUWAAAUAUUUUUUACACCGUGCUAAAUAAAGUAAGCUGAAUUGCAUUAUGCCCCUUGCUCCUCUAGCACUGCACUGUUCAAGCAAUGCAUGAAUUUUAGCUAGAAACGAGAAAAGUUUAAACUGGUUUUAAAAAUUAUACACGAAUGUUCUCCAAGAGCAAGAAAAAAAUAAGUGUUCUAAAUUAAGGUAUUUAUAAUAAAUUCAAAUAUUUAAAGGUUAAAUAUAUCUACGUGCAGCAAGCCACCACCACCAUACCAUUACGUGAUACUGACUGUGCACGCACAAUGAACCAAAGUAUGGCUAAACAUACUAAUUUCCUUUAUAUUUUCUUGAGUAUGAACAUUUUGAAAGUGAAAACUUUCAUUCAAUGACCAAAAACCAUGGGAAUGUUUCCCUAAUAUUGUGAGGACAAACUUUCUUUUCUCUUUGCACAGCUAUCUGGAUGAAAUUGAAAAAAAMCCCCCUAGAAUAGGUUUCCCACCCAUCCCUUUAACUUUUGUUCUAUUUCGUACAAUUUGGUUAGUUAACUUUUUCAUGGAUAUGUGGUAUUCGCUCUAGUAUAUUUGCACUUAAAACACACACAUUUACUUUGCUUAAAGGCCCCUCUUGCAUGCAUGACAAAUUUUUUGAAGCCCCCUUUCAUGCUCCAAAAAUUUUUAAUAUUAAGCCAUGAAGUACAUAAAAAAGGCUAGAGAGAUUAUAAUUAGCCAGUGAAAGAAAAACGACGAUUUAGUUAGUACUAGUUGAUAAAAAAACGAAAGAAAACAAUGUUUUUAGAGUCUACUAGCUAUUACGCGUACGUUUUUGUCACAGGUUAAACAAAAUCACUCUAGCCACUGGCUUCAGCUCGAGGUUAACUGUGAUCAUGAAAGCAGGCCUCUCAGGGAGAGUCCCUCUCAUUGCACCUCGAUUGGGUUGACCCCUGUAAUUACCCCAAAUGUGGGCACCUCGAGCAUAUUAUUUCUGGUAGUGGGGACCUGCGAUCAGUUCGUCCCAAACAAUUCAAUCAUAACAAGAGCAGCAGUAGUAGUAGUUUCCACUGUCUUCGUAACAAUCAAAGCAAGUCCGAGCUAAAAUGUAAACCUUAAGUCUGCUAAAACAUAGGUCAUGUUAACCUUAACUGUGUGCACUAACCCUAGCUCCAAUUGAAUCCCAACUUCUUACCAACCCUAGCUAGAAAGUUAACCAUAAGUCUUUCAUGAAUAUUGUAUAUUGGUUAACAAAAUGUGUAGGUUAGUUCCUUUGUGUUUCACUUAAAUUUUCAAGGAAAAAUCUGCCCAAUAAAAAUCCAAGUUACACAU